AUGUCUAAGUCAAAUAAAGGAUUAAAUCAAAGUUAGGAUGUAUUAGCAUAGGAAUUGGAUGCAUAAAGAAGAGAUAGAAUGAAAGCAAUAUCGACUCAUAAAAAUAUGAAGGAUCGUCUUGAUAGAAUGUAAUAAUUGUUGCAAUAGGUUAUUAGGGAAUAGGAAAGAGAUAAAUUUGGGAUUGAGAAUUUAAUAGUGAAAAGGAAUUUAACUGAUGAAAAAAAAGAAUUUAUAGAUUUGAUUGAAUUUCAUAAAAAAGAAAAAGAGGAGUUAAGAGAAGAAAAAUAAAAAAUAGAGUACGAGUUUGGGGUAUUACAAAGGAAAAUGUUUGAUAUAGAUGAAGAUUAUAGUAAGAUGAAGUAUUCAUUCAACUAGAAAAAAUGAUGGAUAAAUAAAGACAACUCUUUGAGGCAGAUAAAUAACCAUUACUUGAUAAAAUAAAGUUUUUGGAAGCCAGAUUAGAAAAAAUUGAUGGUUUUCUUUAAACAAAGGCAGAUUUAGAAAGUGAAAGAGAAAAACUGAUAGAAACAUUAGCAUAAGAAAGGAAGGAUAAAUAGAGGGAAUUGGCAGAUAAGGAGAAAGAAAAAGUAAAGGAAACAAGUAAAGAAAUUAUUAUGUAUUGAAUAGAUCAAUUAAGGAAAGAAAUGGAAACUAAAGUUUAGGAAACUAAGUUAUCAGAACGGGCAUAAUAAAAAGAAUAAUUGGAGACAACAACUAGAUUAACAGUUUUAUAAAAUUAUUAAAUGACUACAGAAUUAGAUUAUCAAUCAAAAUAGACAGCAAAAUUAUUGGGAAAAGAUUCAAAAUUAUAAGAAUAAGUAACAAGUUUAAAGAGAGAUAUAGAAAUACAUAAAUAAGUUGAAUAAGAAUUAGCAAAGAGAUCUCAUUUUUCACAGAAAUUAAUUAAGAAAUUGACAGCAAGGAUAAAGGAUUUAGAAGAUUAAUUAGAAUAAUAAAAUAUAGAACAGUAGGAAUUAACUCCUUAAUAGACUCUUUAAGAAAUGGAAAAGAUGAAAGAAACAGAGAUUAUUUAAUUAGAAAAGAAAAUAGCAUAAUUAUAAAAUGAUAAUGAAAUAUUGAGAAAUGAGAAUAAUCAUUUACUUACAAAAUUAGAUACAAUAAGAUUGGAGGAGAAUAAAUUUUCUAAUUUAUCAAUUAUUUUAGCAAGUAAUUUAGAAUAUUUAAAGAAUAAUUCCAAUGAAGAAAUUAGUGAAGUUAUUGAUCUAUAGGAAUUGUAAAUAAUAAUUUUUUAUUAUUUUUUAGAAGAGAAAAGAAUAUAAAUGAUUGGACAUAAAAUUAAAAAAUAACAAUAAUGAGUAUUUUGUUAAUGUAAACAUAACAAUAUUUGACAAAGAAAAAUUUAAAUUUAUCAGAUACUAAUUAGAUUAAUAUUAAUAAUACAAUGACUGAGAAUGUUACUAUAGUAGAUAAUACAAAUAAAUCAUUUUAUUUUCCAAGUAUUUCAUAAAUUUAUUGUUUAGAAAUAAAAUAAGAAGAAGACCAAACAUCCCAAUUAAGCUUUAGGAAAUUUUAAGGAGUACCACUCGAUAUUAGUAAUUCAAUUGUUAAAAAUAACUUAAGAGAUUGGGGAAAACAAUCAGUAUUAUAGCAAUCCAGUUAAUUAUUACGAAAAUAUAAGUUAAAAUGA